CUGCAGACGCAAGCCAGUAAUGCGGACUUGAUUGUAGACAUAAUCAUGGCGUAAGUUCCUUUGGGAGGACAAAGAGAAAACGAAGGAAAGGAGGAGACAGAGAGGAAGAGAGAGGAGUUACAGGCAGCGGCGGUGGAGGCAACGACGGAGGGCGCAGGGAGAGACGGCGGGGUGAACCGGAACCGGAAAUGGCUGCGAGGUGGCUGCUACUGCUGGCGCUCCUCGCCGCCCACGCCGCGGCUCUUCCUGAUUUCAUUAGGAUAGGCGGGCUGUUUCAUCCGUCGGACGACAAGCAGGAAGUGGCCUUUCGCUACGCCGCGGAGAAGAUCAACGCCAACCGGGACAUCCUGCCCAAGUCUCGCCUCAGCGCUCAGGUCGAGGUGAUACAGCCGCAAGAUAGUUUCCACGCCUCGAAACGAGUGUGCCAUCUACUGCGAGGCGGCGUGGCAGCGAUUUUUGGACCGCAGAGCGCACAUACGGCAUCUCACGUGCAGAGCAUUUGCGACACCAUGGAAAUUCCGCAUUUGGAGACACGUUGGGACUAUCGGCUUAGACGGCAGAGCUGCCUCGUCAACCUCUAUCCUCAUCCUACCACUUUGUCCAAGGCGUACGUCGAUCUGGUCAAGGCCUGGGGCUGGAAGAGUUUCACCAUUAUCUACGAGAACAACGAAGGGCUUGUGCGAUUGCAGGAACUUCUGAAAGCGCACGGACCUAGCGAAUUUCCCAUUACGGUUAGACAGCUGAGCGAAGGAUCAGAGUAUCGGCCGCUGUUAAAACAAAUAAAAAAUUCCGCGGAGUCGCAUAUCGUAUUGGAUUGUUCCACCGAGAGGAUCUACGAUGUGCUGAAACAAGCGCAACAGAUUGGAAUGAUGAGCGACUACCACAGCUACCUUAUCACAUCACUGGACUUGCAUACCGUCGACUUAGAAGAAUUCAAGCAUGGCGGGACCAAUAUCACUGCCUUUCGAUUAGUGGAUCCAGAGAAGCCGGAAAUUCAAAAGGUAAUUCAGGACUGGAUCUACGGUGAGAAACGCUAUAAUCGUGAGCUCGACAUGGGACAGAACAGUAACAAGAAUAAUUUAACUACUAUAAAGACUGAAACGUCGUUGCUGUACGACGCUGUCCAUCUCUUCGCCAAAGCAUUACACGAUCUCGACACGUCCCAACAAAUCGAUAUCAAACCGUUAUCCUGCGAAUCAACGGAUACUUGGCCUCACGGAUACUCUCUUAUCAAUUACAUGAAGAUUGUGGAGAUGACAGGGCUCACGGGUAUUAUCAAGUUCGAUCAUCAGGGAUUUCGCUCCGACUUCGUUCUAGACAUCAUCGAGCUGAAUAACAAAGAAGGCUUGAAGAAAAUCGGUACUUGGAAUAGUACCAAAGGUAUCAACUUUACGAGAAGCUAUGGUGAUGUUUACAGUCAAAUCGUUGAAAACUUGCAGAAUAAGACUUUCAUCGUGACGACUAUACUGAGCGCACCGUAUUGUAUGCGGAAGGACUCGAGCGAGAAACUUACCGGAAACGCGCAAUUCGAAGGCUACAGCGUCGACUUGAUUUACGAGAUAUCGCGGCUGCUUGGAUUCAAUUAUACGUUCCGGCUUGUGCCGGAUGGACGUUACGGCUCGUACAACGCGCAGACGAAGGAAUGGGACGGGAUGAUGAAGGAGCUGCUCGAGCAAAAGGCCGAUCUCGCGAUCGGUGAUCUCACCAUCACGUACGAUCGGGAACAGGUUGUGGAUUUCACGACGCCGUUCAUGCCUUUAGGGAUCAGCAUACUUUACCGCAAACCCAUAAAGCAACCGCCGAAUUUGUUCUCGUUCCUCAGCCCUCUUAGUCUCGACGUUUGGAUCUACAUGGCAACGGCUUAUCUCGGGGUCUCUGUGCUCCUCUUUAUAUUAGCCAGGUUCAGCCCCUACGAGUGGGAGAACCCCCAUCCAUGCAACGGGCAGUCCGAAGUCCUCGAGAACGAGUUCACCCUAAUGAACUCGCUCUGGUUCACCAUAGGCUCUCUCAUGCAGCAAGGCUCCGAUAUAGCGCCGAAGGCCGUGUCGACUCGCAUGGUCGCUGGUAUGUGGUGGUUCUUCACGCUGAUCAUGAUCUCCUCUUAUACGGCUAAUCUCGCGGCUUUCCUCACCGUCGAGAGGAUGGAUUCCCCGAUUGAAAGCGCUGAAGAUCUCGCUAAGCAGACGAAAAUCAAAUAUGGUGCUCUCAAAGGUGGCAGCACGGCGGCUUUCUUCAAGGAUUCCAAUUUCUCGACGUACCAACGCAUGUGGUCCUUCAUGGACUCGGCGAAGCCGACGGUAUUUACGGGGAGCAACGGUGAGGGUGUAGAUCGAGUGAUCUCAGGAAAAGGCAGCUACGCAUUCCUGAUGGAAUCCACCUCCAUCGAAUACGUAAUCGAAAGGAAGUGCGACCUUACUCAAGUCGGCGGUCUCUUAGACUCCAAGGGAUACGGCAUAGCCAUGCCGCCAAAUUCGCCAUAUAGAACGGCCAUAAGCGAAGCUAUCCUGAAACUGCAGGAGGAAGGGAAACUUCAUAUGCUGAAAACGCGCUGGUGGAAGGAGAAGCGAGGCGGCGGAUCUUGCAGAGACGAUACCUCGAAGAGCAGCUCGGCGGCGAACGAGCUCGGUCUGGCGAACGUCGGCGGAGUCUUCGUAGUGCUGAUGGGAGGCAUGGGUGUUGCCUGCGUGAUCGCAGUUUGUGAAUUUGUGUGGAAGAGCCGGAAAGUAGCCAUCGAGGAGCGGAAGCAGAAAUCCUCGGGGAAACCGAUCUGCGAAGGUUUUACUGAUCUGCACUAGCGACGGUACGCGCUGCACUGCGAAAAAAACAGAUUCUUAAACUCAAGCCGUACCUCAAAACGUAUCCGAUCCGAAUUCAGUGGACCUAAGGAAGAACUCCAUCACGAGAGAUCGGAAAACUGUAUAAAGAUCAUAAAAUUAUAGGAAUAAACGAAGAUAAUCGGACAAAAGAAGCAACAAGCCUUGAUCUUUCCAA